AUGGAGUGUACCGCUGUUUGCGGUGGACCACCGACGGCGCUCCUAGUUGGUGCACCUCUCGGCCAGAAUCUCCAGCCGAACACGACAAAAUCGGGUGCGUUGUGGAAAUGUCGGCUGUCUACGGCACUGCGCGACUGUGAACAAAUCGUCACGGAUGGAAAAAGAACGAAGUACGGCAAGAUAAAUACCACUUUGGACUCCUAUCAUCUGUCUGGCCCGCAUCCCGAUGAAAUCAAAGACGGUCAGUGGCUGGGAGUGUCGGUUCGCAGUCAAGGCCCUGGGAAGAAAGCUGUAGUUUGUGCACAUAGAUACAUCAGAAAGUCGGGGGAGUCUCAGUUUGGGCAAGGUCUGUGCUACACUCUGGGUAACGACCUUCAAUUAGUGGAUGUAUGGGAGCCGUGUCGAGGUCGAUCCGUGCAAAGAGAACACGAAGAGUUUGGGUUCUGUCAAGUUGGAACCAGUAGUUCUCUGCUGGAAGACGACACUUUAGUUUUGGGCAGUCCUGGUCCGUACACUUGGCGAGGAACGAUAUUCACCCAGGACACCAACGAUGAUCUAAUAGAACGAGAUCAUGUGGUCUACAUGGGCCCCGUGGAAGAUGGCUACAGUCCCGUCGAAAAAUAUAGCUAUUUAGGAAUGUCAGUAUCAGGCGCAAGUUUUUUUGGAGACAAGCCGUCAUACGCUGCAGGGGCACCUAGAGCCCACGGCACUGGCCAAGUUGUGGUUUUCAGUAAACGAGUUAUUAACGACUGGGCAAGAACUGAUGUAGAUAUUUUAAAUUUCACCUUGUUGUUGAGUGGAGAACAGUUUGGGUCCAGUUUUGGUUAUGAGGUUGCGGCAGCCGAUGUCAAUGGAGAUGGCCUCCCAGACCUCUUAGUGGGUGCGCCUUUUUAUUUCUCACGCGACUCCGGCGGUGCCGUUUAUCUCUAUCUCAAUAAAAACCACAAUCUACCUAAAGAAUAUUCUCUCAAACUAACGGGGAAAGAGGAAUCUCAAUUCGGAAUAGCCAUAGCCAAUACGGGAGACCUAAACAAAGACGGGUGUGAAGAUAUAGCGAUCGGAAGUCCUUACGAAGGGAACGGCGUCGUCUACAUACACAUGGGAGAUCGGAAGACUGGGCUCAAACUGAAGGCGGAUCAAGUGAUUAAAGCCGAAUCGUUGCCAAUAGUUAUGAAGACAUUUGGCUACUCCUUAUCCGGUGGAACCGAUCUCGAUGCUAACGGAUAUCCCGAUCUGUUGGUCGGCGCUUAUGAAAAUAGUAGCGUGGCGUUAAUUCGUACGAAACCGAUAAUAGAUAUAAAGACAUCGAUUCGACCGUCGAAUACAAUAAUUAACAUCGACCCGACGACACAGGGUUGUGAAAGAGAUCCCAAUUCGAACUACACGUGUUUCCAUUUCCAAGCAUGCUGCAUAAUUAAAUCUCUAGUGAGAUCGUCGCACAGCAACAUUCAUGAACUGAAUUACGUCGUGGAAGCUGAAACGUUUCCCGGUGGAAGAAAGUAUUCCAGGGUGUUCUUCGGUUCAGAGAAAUCGAACAUCAUAAACCAAACUAUACAUUUGGGAAAAGACGAGGAGCUCUGUCGCGAGCAUAUCGUGUACCUCAAGAAUAACACCAGAGAUAUACAGACCCCUAUCAGAUUUCAAGUGACGUACAAAAUUGUCCACGUAGACCCUCAGUUCUCGAGCGGGGGCCGUCUGCCGGACAUAGACGAAUACCCGGUGCUGAACGCCACGGCCACCACGGCCUUCAGCGCCAACUUCUUGAACGACUGCGGCCUCGACGCCGUCUGCGUCAGCGAUUUGGUCGUGGAGCCCGUUCUGCGGCUGCCCAAGACCGAAGAUGGAAAGGCGUACGCCCUGACCCUGGGCCAAGAGGAAGAGAUCCACCUCUCCGUGUCCGUAGACAACUUGGCCGAGUCUGCUUACGAAGCGCAACUCUUCGUGCAGCAUCACGCCAGUCUACAUUACAUCGCCGCUAACAUCAGUGGCAAGCACAUGAUUUGCACGAGCGUGAACAAGACGAUCGUCUCAUGCCUCCUCGAGAACCCUUUCAAGAAGCAAGCCGAGGGAGCGGCCAUCACCAUCCGCUUCGACGCCAGAGCCUUGGAGGACAACGAGCCCUCCGUGGUGUUCUCGAUCUGGGCGAACUCCACGUCCAGAGAGCUCCACCCCGGGAAGAGACCGGUUCGCGUCGAGGCGCUGGUUAUUAAGAACGCCGAGUUGCUCAUCAAAGGAGCCGCGCGGCCCGAACAAGUGUUCUACGGAGGCGAAGUGAAGGGAGAAUCUGCCAUGACGUACUUCGACGAUGUCGGCACCAGAGUCAUUCAUACAUAUCAGGUGUUCAACGAAGGCCCGUGGCGCGUGUCCUCUCUGCAGGUGGUGAUUUCGUGGCCCCACCAGGUGUCUUCGGAGAACGAUCAGGGCAAGUGGCUGCUCUACCCUGAAGACGUGCCCACCGUAGACGGAGAAGGCGAUCAAAGCAACGGGGAAUGUUUUAUUUCGGAAAGCGAAAUUAAUCCCCUCAAACUGACGACACGCCCCGGCACCUUCGAGCCCUAUCUAGAGAAUCUAGAAAUGGACCCCUUCCUCAGUUCGGGCAAACUGAGCGUAUCUUCUAGCGAAAAAGAGAAUAACUCUACGCGCAAGAGAGGAGUGGAGAAUAAGAUCAGGAGGAAGAGAGACAGCGAUAUCGUGAAGGCCGAAGCGUACACGGACAAGGAUGGCCUGAGGAAGCACGUCGUCAACAUGAAUUGCCAGAAGAAGACGGCCAAAUGCAUCCAGUUCCAGUGCGUGAUCUACCGCUUGGGACGGAUGCAGGCCACCACCAUCACGGUGAAGGCUCGGCUGUGGAACUCCACGCUCGUGGAGGACUACCCUCGGGUCAGCCACGUCAACAUCGCCUCCGCGGCCUUCAUCCACAUUCCCGAACAUUACAACAUUCACCAGAGCGACCACCGCGACGACACCGCCACGGUGGAGACGGUGGCGUAUCCGGAUCUGAAGAUAAGCGAGCCUUCGGAGGUGCCUCUGUGGGUGAUUAUAGUGUCGAUAAUCGUGGGUCUCGUGGUGCUGGUGCUCCUCAUCAUAGCCCUCUGGAAGCUGGGCUUCUUCAAGAGGAGCAGACCGGAUCCGACCCUGUCCGGGAACCUGGAGAAGAACAAUCACGAGUCUAGUCCCUUCAUCGGCCGCGACCGCAACGGCGUUCGAUAG